AUGUGGAGAAUAUACAGGUUUGCGAUGAAUAAGAUGUGUCCAUCAGUUCAACGAUUACAGUUCCAUCUUCCCAAGCAAAAUAGUGUCAUGUUAUAUGAGCAUCAAACAUUCGAUGAGGUCUUGGAAAAUGAAAGGAUUUCCAAAACGAUGUUGACCGAGUAUUUUGUUACAAAUGCAUGUGAUCAUAUGGAUAGGCGAUGGUUGUAUCGGGAGUUUCCUGAACACUACAAAUGGGAUAAAGCAAUUAUGAAAUGGCAGAGAAGAAGAACAACACAGAGGGUCAUUGGUAGGGUAUAUUUUGUACCCCGUAUUGUAGAUGAAAGGUUUUUUCUGAGGCUUAUACUCAUGCAUAUUAGGGGUGCCACUUCAUGCGAAGAUUUUUUGACAGUUGACGGAAGAAUAUGUCAGACAUUUAAAAGUGCAGAUAAUGAUAACAGUUUGAGGGCAUGUACGGCCGAAGUAGCAACAAACAAAAUGCAAUCUGCUUUGAGAACUCUUUUUGGUAGCAUACUGGUUUUUUGCAACUCAGUGGACACCAGAAAGAUCUGGGACGAAUUCUUCAACUACAUGGUUGAAGAUUAUGCAAGUUCAAGUGGUACAAGAUCCGCAUACUUAUCAAACCAUCUUCUCAGAGAGAUGGGUCAAAUGUUUCAUCAACAUGGCAAGCGACUAAAAGAUUAUGAUAUUCCGGCAUUUGUCGGCAUAUUAGACGAUAAUUUACAGGUAUCUGAUCUGAUCGAAGAGGAGGUAUCCAUUCCAAUUCCGAAAAAGAUAUGA